AUGCCCCCCUCCUCAGCCUACUCCUCGACACCACCCGUGAUCACUCCCGCCUCGCGGGAGGGCGAUGCCAACUACACGCCUCCAUCAUUUCCAAUCGGGCCUUUUACCAAGUACGCAGGCAAUCCUGUGCUCGUUCCCAAUGCCCAGCACGAGUUUGAAUCAGCCUACAUCUACAAUGCCGCUGCGCUGGUGCUCGACGACACCGUCUUCCUACUGUACCGCGCCCAGAACGCGGCCAAAGUGUCGACAAUCGGCCUGGCCUGGUCGACGGAUGGGUACAACUUCACUCGACUGGACCGUCCCGUGCUAGAGCCCAGCGAGCCUUGGGAAGCCGGGGGCGGCGUGGAGGAUCCCCGCGUAGUCCGCAUCGACGGGGUCUUCUACAUGACAUACACGGCGUGGGACCUGCACAAACCGCGCCUGUGCCUCGCAACGUCGACUGAUUUGGUGCAUUGGGAGAAACAAGGGGGGCCGCUGUUCCCAGACUUUGUUGAUGUCGAGUGCACGCCUGAGGGAAGGACACAGAUCAGGAAAGGCCAUACCAAGUCGGGGGCUGUCUUCCCCGAACGGAAUGCCGAUGGUCUCUAUAUGAUGAUCUUUGGAGAUGCCUUCCUCUGUGUGGCCGAGAGCGAUGACCUGAUACACUGGCGGGCGAGGCCGUUCAAUGAACAUUUUGCAACUGGGGUUCAUCCCUGGGAGAACCGUCUGCUCGAGCCCGGGCCGACCCCGAUCAAAACUAGGGAUGGCCGGUGGAUUCUCGUCUACAAUGUUGCCACAACAGGGGCUCCAGGGUAUAGGAACAACCAGUAUUCGAUUAGCCAGAUGCUCGUCGACCAUAAUCGCCUGCGCGAAGGCCCGCUGGCCCGGCUCGACCGGCCAUCGCUGGUCGUGUCGGCGGAGAAUGAGCGUAGCGGGCAGGUGAAUGAGGUGGUCUUUUGCGAGGGCAUGGUGCAGUUCCAGGGCCGUUGGUUCAUGUACUAUGGUCAGGGUGACAGCGAGCUCGGAGUCGCGACGGCUGAUGUCCGGUAA